UAUGUAUUACAAAUUUUUUAAAUUUUAAUUAAAUUUAAAUUUAUGCACUAUUUUGAAGGUUUUGCUGCAUAAAAAACCAACUUAUUUUAAAAACUGGGAUUAAAAUGGAUAAUAUAAAAUUGAUAAAUGGAUAAUAAUAGGAGUCAAGCCUUUCAUCCCUCCCACGAGAAUCCAGAUAACCAGCAAAAGAAACAUCUGUUUUCCAACAGAAUAAACUUACCAGAAAACUACACGGGUAUGGAUAAUUAUUUGAAUGGAGAAAAUACAAAUACAUACAUACUUGAAAGGUCAACCAAGCUCUGGAAUCAUAUAAACACGAGGCCCUAUUCAGUAAAUAACUACACGUCAAAAUAUAUAUCAAAACAAAUUCUAGAAGAAAGAGCAGCAUUCGACCCCUAUGAAGAAUAUGUACAUAAGGUAGUUGGAGAUGAUAAAUCCGAUUCUCGUGAAGAUAAAAUUGAAACAAUCAGUGACAUUUUUUCAGAGACUGAAGAUAAUGUUUCAAUACUAAACAAAUUACAUAGUCUGAGCCUGAAGACAUCAACCGCAUCUUUGGAGCAAUCAAAACUAAAGAAAGCAGUUCAGGAUCAAACAAAUAAUACACCUCUUGAACAGAAUGAUAAUUCUGAAAUCAUCAAUUCUAAUCAAGACCAGGGAGAAAAAAUAUAUGAGGUUAAAGAUGAUAAGGUUUUAGACCCAUUGAAUUCAGUAGAAAAAUUAGAAGAUAAGCCGAAUUAUCAAGUUACCGCAGUAAACAAUGUUUUGAGUGGAACUCAAACUGAGUUGAAUUCAGUAACAACAACUGAUACUGUAAAAUUCCACUCCGACAUAAUACAUACCGUGGAUCAUUUAAAUAAGAUGAAGAUCGUUGAACCAAUUAAAGAGAUACCAGUUGGAGAUAGUUUGAAUACAGGACUGACACCAACUUUGUCAGAAAAUAACCCUUUUGAUUUACAAAACAUAGGCGCAAAGAGAAUUCCAAGUAAAAAUGAAGUUUAUAGAGAUAGAAAAUUGUUCAAUACAUCAACAUACUUAAAUAAUGAUGCAACAAGAGAUUAUGGCAGGAGUUAUGCUUAUCGCUAUGGUACUGAGUUUACAAACUUUCAUACGUCAAACACGAUCAACUACAGUAAUUACAUUGACUAUAACCCCUUUUCGGUUUUCUCAGUUAAGGAAAAUAGUGGAAACGAGGUGGUAAAGGAGACUGACUUGAAGAAACUCAGAUCAAUAAUACUGAGCAGUAGCCACAGUGAAGAGACGUUAAUAAAGUACUUUACAGAGGCAAUAUGUAUAACAAACACACAUAUGAUGAACCAGAUUAUCCACUUCUUAGUUACAUUUCUGAGAGAAACACACAAGGUGAGACAGUUUGUGGUUAGAUUGAUGUUAUGCGCACUCUCAUUUCACCCAGAAGAGUUUGUUAGCCUGUUUAAGGUGGACUAUUUAAGCGCACUGUUCACACCAGUGAUAGACGAUUCAAUAGGAGUGUAUUUCCUGAAGUUGUUGCUUUCAUACAAGUCAACAUUUGGUUCAAGGUCUGAGAUAUCAACUCUCGUACCAUACUCAAUAAACUCUCAAGGCCACUUGAUGUAUUCAAGUGGACAGGAGCCGAUUAGUACACUAAGAGAUAGUUGUAUGUCAGGUAAAAUAGAAACUUUGUACAUUUUAAAGAUAUUGCUGGAACGAACAAAAGUGUCGAGUGUGUUCAACCUCCCAAACAGCAUGCUGAGGGAACAGUUGUGCAUGCUGUGGUAUGAUAUGCCCAAAACAAUACCAAAUGUUAAUAUAAUGGAAGUGCUGCUUCACUGGAUAAACUCGAAAGAGGAUUUGGAGACAAAGAAGUACCCGUUCAUGUUGUUGGAAAAGGUAAGGGACUUGUAUCCAUUCCCGAAUGGUCAGAUGGUUCUACUUUCCCAAUUCUUCUUGUUUGCACUGAACCACAAGGCAAACGUGAAUAAUCACUUGGAGUACGUUAUUACCAUCGCAAGCAGUGAGGCAAGUCCUCACGAAAGUACUAAUGUGUCAAACAGGAACAGCAUUAGAAGAGAAAGCAUAAUGUCGUCGAGAAAUAGUUACAGGAAUAGUGGAAGAAACAGUUCCAUGGAUUUUACCAGAGACGAGGAUAUUCUGGAAACUGUGCUGUACAAGAUACUGUACAACUUCACAGAGAGAGAUCUGUUGGAUUUGUGGUGCCUAGUGUGUGUUAUACCAUGGAAGGUGACAAGUCCAAGCUCACCAUUCUCAAGAUUAUUCGUGUCCACACUUAAUACAAUACUGAAACUGACCUCAAUGAGUUAUGAUAAUCACUUAAUGUCUGGUGAAACAAAGAUCAGGCUAGAUAUAAUGGAAAACUGUUUAAGAAUAUGCUUGGCAAGGUGUUCAUGCCCAAUAAACUCACUAAACUCACUGUUGCAGACAACGUUACUCCUAAACCCAGAGUCGCAUCGCAAUCAACCUAUGCAAAACACAGCCCAACUGCCCUCUGAUAAUAUCAUAGUUGCUACAUUGUAUAAAAACGGAAUGAUUUUGAAUAGCCUGUGUAAUUUUUUGUGGAAGUGCCACUUUCUGUGGACAAGAAUAAAGGAGGGAGUGAAUAUGGAAAUAGUAAUUGUGGUGACUGAGCUGUAUAAGAUACUGGGAAAUUUCACAACAUUAAAGCCUCUGGAUGAUACGCACCUGUAUACUUCAGCCUCUAGUGCAAACAGCGGAGAGUUGUACAAGUUCUUUAACGACUCGGCAAAUAAGGGGCUUUGGACUAAGAUAACGACGUUCAUACCACAGAUGAAUUUGGAUCAGUAUUUUAACACUAGAGAAAUGGAUGAACAAGAACAUUAUUACGAGGAUAUGGAAGAAGAGCCAAAUUAUGACACAUUUAACGAAUUAGGUCGGGAUGAUUACAUGGUUUACAGUGAGGAUGAUUUUAUUGAUACAGGUCAGGUGAUAGGAUUGAAAAACCUGGGAAACAGUUGUUACCUAAACAGUCUACUCCAGAGUCUGUGCCACACGAAGUUGUUUAUAUAUAACCUAUUGAAGUUCAGAGAAACUAAUAAUAGUAACAAGAUGGUCAACUCACUGGUGAAGCUGUUUAGGAAGAUGAAGACGACAGGCAAGAGGUCAAUAUCACCCAAGAACGUGUUUAAAAUGGUUUCAGAAAACUUGACAAGCUCUCAGCAGGAUGUAACAGAGGCUAUAAGGUUAAUUUCAGAAGCUAUUGACCCGGAUCUAGAGCUUUGGAAGUCAGUGUUUGCAGGAUUAGUGGUUAGGAGAAUAAAGUGCCUGAGGUGUGAAUCCUUCUCAGAUAAUGAGGAGACAAUAUAUGACUUCUCAUUAAGCUUAAACAAGGCAAAAUCGGUCCAGCAAAUGCUUGACAACUUCUCUAAGGUAGAGGUGCUUUCGGGAGAUAAUAAAUACUUCUGCAUCAACUGUAAUAAGGAUGUUAAGGCGCACAUGUGGAACAUUAUAGCCUCACCUCCAUCACACCUUAUCAUCAUACUAAAUCGCAAUAACUGGAGCUACAACGAGACGCAGAAGGUCCUGAAAGCUGUAAAAAUAGAUUCUCAGCUGUUUAUUGAGGGAUUCCAGUACAGACUCUACGGGUCAAUAAUACACUCGGGAGACUCGACUAACUCAGGCCACUACUACUUUAUUGGCUGUGAUUCGGAAACAUUUGAAAAUUGGAAUAAAGUGGAUGACUCGGUAGUAAAACCAGUGCACGAAUUUGCUGUGGACGACCUAUCCAGAGAUCCGUCAAACACACAUGUGCCCUACGUGCUAUUCUACAGAUGUUUGCAGGCGCCACAAACACCUAAAUUUUAAUU